GGAAUACAGCCGGACGGAAACAGAAAAAGAACAGGAGAAAAAGAACGCCGGUUUUCAAAGGACGCUGGUUUUUGGAAGGAGAGAUGGAAGAAGUACAAGAAGCGGAUGAGAACGUUUUAGUUGGCCCCAUGCAGGGGAAAUUCUGUUAUAAAAUACAGGAUGGGAGAGUUGAUAAGAGCGUGGUCGUAUGUAAAUUGUGCAACAAGGAGUUCGUGUAUCACCGCAGUGCAUCAAGCCUGAAAUACCACCUCAAUGCCAAACAUGUAGCAGCAAGCUUGGCAGAUGGCGCGCAAGCUAACCCAACAUGGACGACACACAGCCAACCCACACUACAUCAACUGAGUUUCAAGGGCAAGGUCAGCAAGACCACGGCAGAGAAAAUGACCAACGCGCUGGCUUACUGGGCGGCUCUCGACUGCAGACCCAUUGCAGUGGUAGAAGAUAAGGGGCUGGAAAAGGUACUUCAGAUUGCGUUGUCUGACACCACGUAUGAGCUGCCAUGCAGAAAAACAGUGACAAAGAGGGUCCAGCAGCUCUACGACAGUGAAAAGGGAGAGAAAGAGAAUUUGUUGGAAAAAGCAGAAUGCGUCGCUAUUACUGGGGAUCACUGGACCUCGGUCAGCAACGCAAAUUACCUCGGUGUGACGGCACACUUUAUUGACAAGUGGCGUCUUCACUCGUUUGCCUUAACCAUCAAGAAGAUCACCACAAGGCACUUUGCUGAAAAUGCGGCAGAAGAUUUUGAGUCUGUGGCAGAGGCCUGGGAAAUCACACAGAAAGUCACCACAAUCGGAACAGACAGUGCCCAUGCCAUGACCGCUGCAAUGAGACAGCUCACAUUCCAGCACAUGCCAUGUGUUGCUCACCUGUUACAGAGGACGAUCACAGUUUGCCUUGCUGACAGCGGGUUCACAGCCACACUGGUGAGAUGUCGUAAGAUAGUCGGGCAUUUUAAACACAGCCCCUCAAACACAGAGGAACUGCACCAGGAGCAAACGCAACUAGGCCAAGACAACGAGCCACUGAUGCAGGACGUUUCCACAAGAUGGAAUUCCACCCUGUUGAUGGUCUCUCGUCUGCUGAAGAACCAAGAUGCUGUGAAGGCUACGCUCGCCAAGCACAAGCUCACCAUGUUGACUACUGCUGAGUGGGACAGACUGCAGAGGCUCGAAACCCUACUUUCACCAUGCAGAGAUGUGACAGAGCUCCUUGGGGGUGAGAAUUAUGUGUCGUGCUCAGUUGUGUUACCUGCUCUCUGCCACCUGACCCGCACCAUGGAGGCCUCAGAUGAUGACCCAGCUUAUGUGGUGAAGUUCAAGGCUGCGUUUGAAAAGGAACUGUCUCAACGCGAGGAUGCCCUCAACUAGAGGUCGACCGAUAUGGGUUUUUCUAAAGCCGAUGGCAAUACUGAUAUUUAGAGGUCAGAGUCAGCCGAUAUGAGCUGCCAAUUUUUUUGGGCCGGUUUUUAGGGCCGAUAUGCUAUCGUGUUGUCCUUAAUUGGCAUGCUAAAAUAUCAUACUAGUAAGAGGACGCACAACACUUAUAAACUUAACACAAUUAGCAUUUAAUAGUGCCUUCAAUGUUACUGUUACUAUAUGUUAAUGAAAAAUUAUUAAUUUCAUUUAGAUUUUAUUAUUCAUAACAUUUAUUUUCAUUAUAAAUAACAUACAUAAUAUUUAUACUAUAUAUUAUAUAAAUGACUGUACUCAUCAUAAGAAUUAACAAAUUAAUGACUUAAACGUAUUAAAAUAAUCAAUAGACUAACAGAGUGCAAGAAUACUUCCAUGAUGUGACAACUUCAGAUAGUUACUUCAAAAUGGUAAAAUACAUGUUCAAGUUAUACAGUUUCACUGUGGAACUUCCAUGCCUUGAACUUUCACACGUUUCUGUUUCAACAAUAUAAAACUCCGUCUCCCAGCAUGCUGUGCAGGAAACCGGAAAUAGGAACUGCAGAGGUCUAGCAUCGGUCUCUGGUUCACAAUCAAAUCAAACAUGUAUACAUCGCGAAAACGAAUGGACAUGGGAUGGCAAUGUUAUAAUACGUUCACAGGUUAGUUUUGCGUCCUCUUUUUGUUAACUUUUCACUUAGAUUGUCCGUUACUACAGUUUAGAUCGGAACAUAGCGGUCACCAGCGUUAAGGGGGCUUACAUAGUCGACGCAUUCCCGACGCACUCGCGGCCACAAGGCUACGCAUCGCAACGUUUCGUUUCGAGAGGAAUUCUACAACUCCGAUGCAGUUGAAAUGCUAUUCGUUUUUCCUUUCGCUAAAUGAAGCAACACAUCACAGAUUACAACUAUCAUGAGAGCAAAUAUACGACUUUAGGACAUUGAAAUGUAAGAAUUGAAGCCUUACCUGUAGGCUAUCUCUGCUGACUCCUGAAACAUUUGUUGGCUUGGGUCUUUUGCACGCCGCGUUCUACGUAGCUGUCGUGCCUGACUUUAAAUCGGCGCGACCAAAUAAGAAAAUCAGCCGAUGCCGAUUCAUUAAAAAAUGGCAAAAUUCAGCCGAUAGAUCGGUCGACCUCUACCCUCAGUUGUUACCUGCUCUCCGCCACCUGACCCGCACCAUGGAGGCCUCAGAUGACGACCCAGCUUAUGUGGUGAAGUUCAAGGCUGUGUUUGAAAAGGAACUGUCUCAACGCGAGGAUGCCCUCAACCAUGGAUGGCUCAGAGUGGCAACAGCACUUGACCCUCGUUUUAAGGACCUAAAGUGUCUACCAAGAGGAGAGCGAGGAGAGGUGUGGACCAGCAUUGAGGCACUGGUGCAAAAACAACCAGGCAGAGCCACUCCGGAACGCACAGAGGAGCCAGCAAGGAAGAGGAGCCUCCUGCUGUAUAAUUCAGAUUCUGAAUCGGAGGAUGAAGAUUGGCCCAAAGGAGCCUUGACCCGUUACAGGGCAGAGCCUACCAUCAGUGAGAGAGACUGCCCACUGCAGUGGUGGUCCACUCAUGAGGGAGCCCAUCCACAGCUCUCUGCCCUGGCCCGCAAGUAUCUGGGCAGCCCUGCCACUUCUGUCCCUUGCGAAAGAUUAUUCUCCCUGGCAGGUAAUAUAGCUCAAAAGAAGAGGGCAGCCUUGAGCUCCGAAAAUGUCAACAGGCUAGUUUGUCUCAACAACUGGCUGAAAGAGAAGGAGCAGUAAUCAGUUAAAUGUGUCCUGAGGCCAGUUGGCCAGUUAUUUUUCAAAAGGAUAUUGGAAGAAUUGAGAUUGAGGUCAAUCACUGGCACUUUUUAAUGGAUCACUUUAUGUUGAACUGUUUGUCUUGGCCAAUGUUAUUCAGGGUUGGACUGAGUUUGAUUUAAUUUCUCUCUUAUUUUUUUGUAAUCAUUUCAACCGUUGAUAAAUCAACAGUGUGUUAAAGCCUCAGAGGUAACAGAGAUGUUUUCUAACAGGGUUUAUUUACAUUGCUCUGAAUGUACUUGAAAGAAUUGCGUUUUACAAAAAAAGUGUUCUAGUUUACAGAAGAUCUACCUAUACCUAUAAAGCUACCUGAAUUUCUGAAAUUAACUUUCCUAAAUAUGCUGAACUUUAUGGCACGUUUUUUAAUGGAUCACUUUAUGUUGAACUGUUUGUCUUGGCCAAUGUUAUUCAGAGUUGGACUGAAUUUGAUUUAAUUUCUCUGAUUUUUUUUUUGUAAUCAUUUCAACUGUUGAUAAAUCAACAAAGUGUGUUAAAGCCUCAGAGGCAACAGAGAUGUUUUCUAACAGGGUUUACCUUGUUCUGAAUGUACUUGGAAAGUAUUGCGUUUUACCCAAAAAAAAACCCAGUUAUAGUUUACAGAAGAUCUACCUAUACCUAUAAAGCUACCUGAAUUUCUGAAAUUAACUUUCCUAAAUAUGCUGAACUUUAUGGCAGAAUUUGCACUGGCUUGUUGAUCUUGGUUUUGAAAAAAAAAAUAAACAAUAUUUUGUUGA